UGUGAUGUGAUGGACGGACAAAAUAGUGUUAUAGCCUGUAUUUCGUGUUGAUACGCAGGAUGUUGACGUCGAAUCGGCAUUCACUAGCCUUAUUAUGUGCCAAGAGCCUUAAGCUUGAACUGCCGGACUCUCAUAAAUCUUCACCGAUCCCUUUACCGCACUAUGCAAUGACUCAGUCCAACGUACAUGUUCCUCUUUUCGUUGGGGCACAAUGGAGUCACGGUUCUAGGUCAUAUCAGAAUCCUUAAGCUUGGUAAUGACUACAGCCAUUCCUUGAUCAUUCCUUGAUGGCCACUCUUGGGUUGCAAACGCAUCACUGAUCGUUACACAAAGGCCGUUGGUGGAACCUGGUCACGCCGCAUAAUGCAAGUUUGCACCCUAUAUGCACUAAUAGUCACACACGAUGAUCGCCUUCAACAGGAAAUAUGAACGCCACAAUUCUGAGGCUGUAGGAAGCAUAUAUGGCGGACGAGACUCUCUUUACGACACCGGUAGACCACCUUCAAUCUCAUCUAGCCAAGCAAUUCUAAGCCAACCGUCAUGCUGAACCUCUCAGUUUCUCAAGGGCUUAUGCUCUCCGGUGCAACUUUUGCAUCGUGGAUCAUCGGCGUUAUCAUCUACAGGUUGUACUUCCAUCCUCUCGCAAAAUUCCCAGGACCCAAAAUAGCUGCAUGUAGUGAGUUUUGGUUUCUGCGCAGUUGGGCCAGUGGGUACUAUGUUCAUAAUAUUGGCGACCUGCACCGCAAGUACGGCGAUGUUGUCCGAACUGCCUCCAACGAACUCAGCUUCAGGUCUCCAGUCGCACUCAGGGACAUUUAUAAUCAUGUCUCCAAAGACAGACCUACGUUUCUGAAGAGUGACACCUUAUACACUGUUGAUCCGUCUGUCACGCGCCCUGAUAUUGUGUUCACUAGAGAUCCACGAGAUCAUCGGCUGCAGCGGAGAUCUCUCGCUCAUGCAUUCAGUGCAAAGGCCUUGAGGGAUAAUGAAGAGUCUGUACAGUUUCACGUCAAGUUACUCCUAGAACGGCUCGGGCAAAAUGCAGGACCUGGGACUGGAGGAGCCAACAUGUCAGAGGUCUUCAACUGGUUGACCUUCGACGUUAUCGGCGAUCUGACGUUUGGCGAAUCAUUUGACUCGCUGAACCAAUGGAGACCUAGCGAAUGGGUAACUUGGCUUCUUGGAUUCAUCUCUUCGCUCACUUUUCUCCCCUUCAUCAACCGCUUCAAGAUCCCAAUGACACUAGUCGUGUCUGUGAUGCCAAGCUAUCUCAAAGAAAAGAUCGACAUCCAUACAACUGAGAAGAUCAAGAAGCGAAUCGGAAUGGGAAACUCCCGCGACCGUGAAGAUUUCUUUGCUUAUAUCCUCAGGAAGGAAAGUGACAACCUGGAUCUUGUUCAUUUGCGUGAGCAAGCCAAGGUUCUCAUGAUCGCGGGGUCUGAGACGACAGCAAACCUACUUGCUGCUACAACUUAUUAUCUGCUGAAGAACCCUGACAAGUUGGCCAACCUUCAGGCUGAAGUGCGCUCGGCAUUUUCGGCACGAGACGAGAUCACGGGCGAUGCAGUAGCUCAUCUUCCAUACUUGAACGGCGUCAUCGAAGAAGGUCUUCGUAUCUUCCCUCCAGUCCCAUUUGGUCCCCCGCGUGUCUGCACAGGGGCCACUAUCGACGGACACCACGUCCCUAAAGGCGUCGUUGUAUCUGUCGAUGGAUUUGCAACGACGCAUGAUGAGCGCAACUUCAUUAGACCAGAUGAGUUUCUACCAGAACGAUGGAUCGGUGAGGGUUUUGGAGAUCGGAAAGAGGCUAGUAAACCCUUUUCGCUUGGCCCUCGAGGUUGUCUGGGUAUCAAUCUUGCGUACAUGGAGGCGAGGGUGACAAUGGCCUCGCUUGUUUGGAAGUACGAUUGGGAGUUUGUCAAUCAGGAUCUCGAUUGGCUCGCGGAUGUCAGGUUGCAUCUCCUCUGGGAGAAGCCGAAGCUCAUGGUUCGCUACCAUCCACGAGACGAAGUCGCGACUACUUGAGAGGAGAUUUUCAUACACCAUAUGAACGGAACAUCCAAUAAGAAGGGAUAUUUAAUGCCUUUGGGGAUUGCAUACGUCACGAUUUCUGCUCACUCCUUCAAGACUUUGGGCAGCGACGCGGAAGAAUGAACACCUUGAGUCGGUUAUGUACCAGAAAGAUCUUCAUUUAUGUAUAUUCAUAACUCUAAUGCAAUUCAGAAUAGGUUGUUAAUUUGAACGGUCAGGCUGAAACACUCCAAUGCUAAAUUAGGUUUGUCUGCCAUUCUUUGUGGCGCGCUACCUCAGCUGAUUGGCGAUUAUACGAACUUCGGACCACGGAACGGAAAUUCCUUAUCGUCAGAGGCGUUUUUAGACUUGGCCGCCCUGUCAGGGGGUUAGCGCCUCAAUCGUUGUCGAAGAUUGCUGAUCUAUUACUGAGGCAAUAUGGUUUCUAUCAUGAUGUCAAGGCUUGAGGCCUCAAUUCCCCCUCAUCUUGAGCACAUACUGUUCACGCUUAGAGAUGAGAAAAAGAUGUAUGAUCGUAUUACAAUAACUUAAUUAUGCAAAAAUGGUAUCAGAACUCGCUAGUCUAUGAAAGCACAGCCUUGUCGGCCUUGAGUC